AUGCCAAUUCCGGAAAAAUCAGGUCCGGUCUUGGCAUUCUACCCGGCAGGUGAACAGGAGCACCUCAAGAUGGCGGACGACACAAAGGCCGAAUUAAAGAAAGCCAUUAAGCCCUCUGAGAUAAACAUACAGGUGGCUAAAUUUAGAAAGAUUGGAAAUACGGGGGUAGUGGUCCAGACCACGUCCCAGGAAUACGCUCAGAAGCUGAGACCAGCGGCGCCACCAACGCUCAGAGUGACAGAGCCCAGGCAGCACAUGCCACUCGUGGCUAUAAGAGGUUUCGAGGACGACUUAAAUAACGAAGGAGCUUCUGCCUGCUCUCCACGACCAAAACUUUGGAGAGGACGAGGUGUGGACCCUUGA